UAUGAGAGUGAUGACCGGAGUUCCAAUGAGGCAACAUCACCAAGUGAUGCGGGAAUACAUCAUACGAUACUUGCUCACACCUACUUGGUCCGACUUGGUAAGGUACUUGCUCUGAAGGGACAUCAGACGGGAUUACGCCUCACCCUACUUGUUUUGGAGUGUGCCCAGAAAUUAUUUUUUGAACUACAAUUGGGUGAUUUGUCAUGGAUGCCGCGAAAACGCAUAGAGAAGAUGAGUGAAGACUUAUUGCUUUUACAGUGGAGAAUUGUUGCUACGGUACUAUACGAUGCGGAGAAAACCGAUGAUGAUGUGGUGAAGGAAUUGAUGCUUUUGCACCUUGCCCACAGUGGAGUUGCCGAGUACGGUAUUCAUUACUCGCCGUGGGAGAAGCAUAAGGCACUUGUGGAGCCGCCGGAUGGCGCUGACUGGAAGCAUUUGUGGCUAUCACCAAACACGUUAUUGAUUGAACUUUUGAAUAAAACGCGUGGAGAAGCGUUGAAGGAGUAUGCCCCUUGGCUGAUUGUUUUGAGGGCCGCCUUUACGUUCCUCUAUACCCCGCUGCGUAGCAAUUCGAGUCGACUGAGCAUGGCUCUCUCUAUAUGUCGUCUCAUACGCUACAAUGCCGGUGUCUGGUCCCUUGUCAAACGAGGCGUCUCCUCAUGUUCUACGGCAGAGCUGGAUGGGUCUAUUAAGGCAGAUCAACAGGCUUUGGGUGCGGAGGAUGCGGCCACGUUCGAUGACUCGUUGUGGGGGAUUGAACUCUCAAAUAAUGGGGUGGCUGCCAUGGAGAAGUACAUUACAACAGCCCGCUCCAAGACCAUGCGAUCUCUGGAGCUUUAUGGCCCGGAGAAAAGGCCUUCUUUGCUCUCUAUGGACCCCAAGCAGGCGGUACAAUGCCACGAUCAAACCUCUGCUAAAAUACGUCAGUUUCAGGCCUUUAUUUGGAAAGAGGCGGCUCUUUACAAGAAAUGUGUGAAAGAAGAGGGGAGUGCGAUUAUUUCUGCUCACGCUGCCUACCGCUUCUCUUUGCUCCCGUGGUGGGGGCAUUGUAUCAGUCUCUACUCCAAGAGUCCGGUGCCGUUGGACCGCUGGGAGUUAGACCGAUUUAUGGGUGCUGAGUGGCAACGCAUACGUCUGCGUCGUUUCAUUCACAAUGUGCGAAUGACGGAUACAGAAAGCAGCGACCAACUUUUGCGAGGCGUCUAUCGAGACGAUAUGACUUCUACUGAUGAUGUUAGCCUUUUGCAGUUUUACUCUAUCACGGCAGUUCCACAGUUAUCAACGGUUGAUGGACCUGAAACAGUUUCAUUGGCUGUCAAGUGCAAACUGGUGCUUCCGAUGGAUCGUGUCCCUAUCAUUUUGUACAUAGCACCAAAGAAUAUAUCGUACAUUGUAGAUUGGUUUCAGCAUAGUCUAAUGCAGUUGGGGAAGGAGUCUACUGGCGAAUUAUUUCACUCGCAUGAUUCCGGACCAUCAACCUUUGCGGAGAUGCAUGAAUUGGAAAAUAGAUUGCCAAAGACGUUCAAGCACCAGCAAGAGAUACCGUGCCUUCGACGUGUGGUGAAGGUCUCUUCUAUACGUGCCGUGUGGCCGCGUCGCAAUUUGCUUCAACCCCGUGCAUUGGAGUUGCUUCUCUUCAAUGGAGAAACCCUGUUUCUUGCGUUCGACUCGGAAGAGAUGAAAAAAGCUGUGAUUGAAAGCAUCACCGACUACGCCCGACCCCACCUUGACAAGACUUUAAUGCUGACGGAAAAUAAUUUGAGGAUGUGGCGCAACUGGUGGUGCGAGGGCCGCAUUUCCAACUUCCACUAUUUGAUGUACUUGAACUUUGCGGCAGGUCGCUCGUAUGGGGAUUUGCGGCAGUAUCCCGUGUUUCCCCAUGUCGUGGCGGACUUUCUCUCUGACACGCUCGAUUUGUCAUCGCCCACCGUCUACCGCCGGUUUGACAGGCCGAUGGGGGCGCAGACGCCGGAACGCGAAUCGAAGGCCAUUCGAAAGUACGAUGAGAUGGCUGUGCUACCGAAAACGGGAGGAAAUGUGCCCAUCGAAUUGAUUCCCUACCACCACGGCUCUCAUUACUCCCCUGUUGGAGGGGCACUUCACUUUUUGGUUCGCGUGCAGCCCUUUUCAGACUACUUCUUGGAUAUGAACUCCAAGUUAGACGAUGCGGGUCGUGUUUUUGACUCCAUGGCCACGGCGUACUUCAUCUCAACAGGUAAGGAUGUGAAGGAGCUCCUGCCAGAGCUGUAUUGUUUGCCGGAGAUGUUUCUUAAUUUGAAUCGAAUUCCUUUUGGGGUGAAACAGGACGGGAGAAUUGUAAAUGAUGUGCAUUUGCCUCCAUGGGCAUCUACGCCACGUGAGUUAACGCAGAAGUUGCGGCAGGCACUUGAAAGUCGUUACACCUCUGAAAAUCUGCACUCCUGGAUUGAUUUGGUGUUUGGCUACAAGCAACGGGGUAAAGAGGCUGUAACGGCUGUAAAUGUAUUUCACCCGCUAACAUACGAGGGAUUCAUUGAUCUUUCCAAAAUUAAGGAUCCGGUUCUCUUGUCUGGUCAUGAAGCACAAAUUGAUUGCUACGGUCAAGUUCCCUUGCAACUUUUUACACAGCAACACAAACCGCGAGGGAAGUCAACAGACUCUUCAUUCCUUCAAAGCCCAUGCCCAACACUGCGCUACGAGGCCUCCAAUUCACGCUCCUGUAUCGUGCUUCAUCCUGAAAACCUCACACCAAUAUUAAAUGCCUCAAAGGUAGACGGCACCGUCGUUGUAUUUCCCCGCACAAGACCUUCCACAGCUGCCCGGGGUGCAGAAGAGUCGAGUGAGUGGAAGUUCCCUCUGAUCCACCCACGGCCUAUAGCAUUACCAAAGGAUUGUUUGGCGUUUACAGUGAUCAAUGAUCAACUGAAAGAUUGUCUUUUCCUUCGGGGGAACUGCAUUGUACUUGUGGACGGUAAAGAUUUGUCCCGCGAAAUGUGUUCUUUUCACCUAGGCAACGGAAGGGCCACAACUUUUACUGUCGACACGCCGAAUGUUUAUGUUGGAAUGGCAUCUGGUGCAAUCCAUGUGCUGACGAUCAACAAUGAAGAAUGGACGGAGGUGGAGCAACCUAUCCAGGAGGAAGUUGGAAACAAAAACAGCAUGAUGCGUGAGGCGGAAAAAGCACCACAGAAAGAAAAGAAAAUGAUGCGAAAUAGGGGUGCCGUUCGGCGUCGUGUGUUUGUCUUAUAUGGGCACAUGGAGCCUGUGACCGCACUUUGCGUCUCCGCCGAGUGGGGAAUUUUAGUUUCCACUGCAGAGGAUUAUAAAGUGGCGGUGUGGGAUACGGCACGCCUUGUUCUCCUCCGCACCAUUCCUUUUCCGUGUCUGACAG